AGAAUCUGCCAAGACAAUGAAUUUUACAAUGGAAACAGUCUCUUAUCUUAUCUGACCGUAUUAACAGAGAGGCACAAUCACACAAAGAAACUCGAAAGAGAGAAAUUCUCAGUUCACGUCUAACAGUGAUGGUGUGUGGACAUUCCGUGGAAGAAUAUUGCAAUGUGAUCAAAGUUUUAGUGAAAAUUAAAAUAUAGAAUAAUGGAUAGAAAUUUACCAAAUAAUCCACGAGAAAAUGCAAAUUUUCUCUCGAAGCUCACCUUUUUCUGGAUGAUCAGUCUCUUUAAACGCGGAUAUAGAAAAUCCCUGGAACUACAGGAUCUCUAUAAGCCUCUAAUUGACGACAGAUCAGCAGUACUGGGUGAUCGUCUCGAAGAAAAAUGGCAAGAUCAGCUCAGGAACACAUCAGCUAGGCCUUCUCUUAUCAGAGCGAUAGCAAUCACGUUUUGGCGCGAGUACGUCUGUCUUGGCCUGAUUGUUGUGACGAAUGACUUUGUAAUAAGACUGGGGCAACCGCUAUUGCUCCGUCGACUUUUACUCUAUUUUCGGAAGAACACCGACAUUCCCCAUAUUGAAGCUAUCAUCUGUGCCAUUGGAAUUAUACUGCUCAAUGCACUGGGUGUCUUCACCUCCAACCACAUCACCUUCUGUGGAUGCCACAAUGGCAUGAAAGUACGCGUGGCUGUUUGCAGUUUGGUUUAUCGAAAAUCCCUCCGUCUGUCCAGGGCAGCUCUGGGAAAUGUGGCGCCAGGAAAGGUGGUCAAUCUUCUCUCCAACGAUGUCAAUCGCUUCGAUAUGGUUUCCGUGUUCGUGAAUUGGCUCUGGUCAGCACCUCUUCUUGCUCUGACUAUUGGCUACAUUCUCUACGAACUCGUGGGUAUUCCCGGACUCAUUGGCAUCGUUAUAGUUCUUAUCGUCAUGCCACUGCAAUCAUUUACAGGACGUCUGGCUUCAAAGUAUCGCCUCCAAACUGCAUUGAAAACCGAUGAAAGAGUCAGAUUUAUAGAUGAAGUGAUAUCUGGUGUACAAGUGAUUAAGAUGUAUGCCUGGGAGAAACCAAUCUCAUCACUGAUAACAUCAGCUCGACGAUUUGAGCUGUCUAUUAUAAGGAAAUGUGCAAAUCUUAGAGGAGUUUAUAUGGCCUUUUCCCUUUUUACCACAAGAUUUGCCUUAUUUGCAGCCAUGGUAUCAAUGACCCUUUUAGGAUAUGAAAUGACUGCAGCUAGAAUCUUUAUGAUUUCUGCAUACUACAACAUCCUCGGUCACACAAUGUCUCAAAUGUUUGUCCGAGGAGUCGCUGAGGUAUCUGAGGCAAGAGUGUCACUUAAGCGACUUCAGCAGUUUCUAGAACUCGAAGAGCAUGUACCACAAAUUACCGGAGAUAAUGGAAAAAUUGAUGAAACUGAUUCUCUUCUUCAUACGGUCGUUCCUACGGAGCAUAAACAAGAAUUAUCUAUUCCCGAUAGUAUAGCAAUUUCUUUGAAAAAUAUAAGAUGUCGUUGGGAAAAUUCUAUAAAGUUUAUCAACAAAGAAAAGAUUUUAUUCAACAAUAAGAAUCAAUUGACGCUCUCAGACAUAAACUUGGAUAUUAAGUCUGGACAUUUAAUUGGAAUAAUUGGAGCUGUUGGAUCAGGAAAAUCAUCUUUAAUAGAGACCAUUUUACGUGAACUACCGCCUGAAUCAGGCAGUGUUGCGGUCAAUGGAAGGGUUCUCUAUGUCUCCCAAAAUCCUUGGAUUUUCGCAGCAACUCUGCAGCAAAACAUUCUCUUUGGCCAGCCAAUGAGACAUGCUCGAUAUCAACAAACUCUCUCAGCAUGUGCCCUUGUGGAUGAUCUUAAACAAUUCCCACAGGGAGAUAGAACUAUUAUAGGGGAACGAGGAUCAUCCCUAUCAGGUGGGCAAAAGGCCCGUGUUAACUUAGCUCGAGCGGUUUAUCAGGAAGCAGACAUUUAUUUAUUGGAUGAUCCUCUAAGUGCUGUGGACACUCAUGUAGGUCGACAAUUAUUUGAUGAAGUAAUGGGCCCUAAAGGACUACUUCAUCAAUCAACAAGGAUCCUUGUCACUCAUCAAAUCCAUUUUCUUAAAGAAGCAGAUUGGAUAAUUGAACUGAAAGAGGGACGAAUUCGUAGACAAGGAUCCCCAUCGAUGAUUUUUGAGGACACUGAAGAAGCCCUUUUGCUUGAAAACAUUAAGAAUAAUAGAAUAACUCAAGAGUUAAAUGGAACAUUCACAGAACAAAGCAAUGAAAAGUUACCCAGCCUAGAAUUGGAAAAAUCCUCGGAAGGAGUUGUUGACGGCUCAAUUAUUCUGCAAUAUCUUCGAUCAGGAGCAUCUAUAUGGGUUCUCCUACUAAUUGUGAUACUCUUUCUCCAGACUCAGAUUAUUGCUAGCACAUCUGAUUACUUUGUAGCAAUUUGGACUCAUCAAGGAGAAUUUCAUGAACCAACAAAUUACUAUUUAAUUUUAAAUGGAUGCCUCGUCGGUUCUAUAUUCCUUCUGGCCAUUAUACGAUCAAUAGGAUUCUAUGAAGUUUGUAUCAAAGCUUCACAAGAACUUCAUAACUCUAUGUUUAAAGGAGUAAUUGGGGCAACAAUGCAUUUCUUUGAGACAAAUCCUUCGGGAAGGAUACUCAAUCGUUUCUCCAGGGAUUUAGGAUCUGUGGAUGAACUCCUGCCGAAGGUGCUUCUGGACGCCAGCCAAAUGAUUUUGAGCAUUUGUGGAGCAAUUCUCGUAACAGCCACGGUAAAUCCGGUCUUUCUAAUACCAAUUGCCUUUCUUGGAGUUGUAUUUAUCACCGUACGUCAAUGGUAUUUGAAAUCUUCGCGGAAUAUCAAGAGAUUGGACGGAAUAACCCGAUCUCCUGUUUUUACACAUUUGGCGGCUUCCCUAAGUGGAUUAUCGACAAUUCGGGCUUUUGGCACGGAAACUCGUCUUGUAGAUGAAUUUGACACCCUUCAGGAUGUUCACUCAUCUGCAUGGUAUCUCUUCAUCUGCUGUACGAGUGCCUUUGGACAAGUGCUGGAUUUCCUCUGUGUUAUUUUCGUGGCAAUAGUAACUUUUACAUUUCUCAUGAUUGACAAUCAAAUGAUCGGGGACAAGGUUGGUCUGGCCAUUACGCAGUCCUUGACACUAACUGGCCUCCUGGGCUGGGGAAUUCGCCAGAGUGCAGCUACAUCCAAUGCUUUGAUGUCAGUUGAGAGACUCCUCGAAUAUAAACAAUUGGAGCCAGAACCACAACCAGUAAUUCCAAUGAAGCCAACAAAAUUCUGGCCACUUUGUGGAGAAAUCCUCUUUGAGAACGUGUUCUUUAGGUAUCACAAAAAUUCUGAGCCGGUCCUCAGAGAUAUUUCCUUCAGGAUAGCUCCCAGGGAGAAAGUAGGAGUUGUUGGGCGCACGGGAGCCGGAAAGACAUCCCUGAUCAGUGCCCUAUUUCGCAUGGCAAUUGUCGAAGGGAAAAUAAAGAUUGACGGAACAGAUACAGCCAAUUUGUCUCUUCACGACUUAAGAUCUCGUCUCUCCAUAAUUCCACAAGAUCCCGUUCUUUUCUCUGGGACUCUGAGGAAGAAUCUUGAUCCCUUUGGGGACUUUUCAGAUGAUGAACUGUGGCAAGCACUCAAUGAAGUGGAGCUUAAGAGUAUUUCUACGCACAAGAAUGGUCUCGAUAUGCCCGUUAAAGCGGGAGGAAAUAAUUUCAGUGUUGGCCAGAGGCAGCUCAUUUGCCUAGCUAGGGCGAUUUUGCGAAAUAAUAGAAUUUUAGUUCUCGAUGAAGCCACUGCCAAUGUCGAUCCUCGGACAGAUGGCCUGAUUCAGAGGACAAUUAAGGAUCGCUUCAAGAAUUGCACGGUCCUUACAAUAGCUCAUCGUCUCAACACUAUCAUGGACUCGGACCGUGUUCUUGUGAUGCAUAAUGGAAUUGUGGCAGAAUUUGCAAGUCCAAAAGAUCUUCUCGAAGAUCCUAACAGUAUUUUCUCAAGCUUGAACAGUAAAUGCUAAAAAAAAAGAUCGAUAAAAGUGCAAAAAUUAGCUUAUCUAUACAUAUCCCUCAUAGGACAAUAAAAUGUAUUUGAAAAUUGUUAAAAA